CAAGAACGUCAGUUACACAUUUCACAUUUGUCAUGCCGCUCCAUCUAGCUGACGGCGGACCGUCCGAUAAACCUGAGCUAAAACCCGACAAAUGUAGACCAAGACCAGACUACUGAUCUGCUGGGCCACAUGACAAGGGUGAAAAUGCCUUAAUCUCCACACAACACUUUUCUAGUUACAAACGGUCCACCAACUAUCGAAAAUGGCAUGCUGUAGCAGUGGCGGUAAAGCAAACAAGUCAUCUUCAAGCUGCUUGGGCCGAUGCGAUCUCCCCAGGCACAGAUGUUUAUACAAGUCGGAUGUGAAGCCGGGGCCAGUCCCGAGACACAUGGGGUGGCAUUACACGGCCAAGGAUGCGCCUGAACACCAGUUGAGAUGUGGAUGGCGGCCCGGCCAUAUAUCUUGCCCUGUUCUAAGACGAAUAGAACAGCACAAUUGCAUGAAGGCUGGUGAGUGCGGCCCUUGUCCUUCGGCCUGCUCGCGAUCAGUGUGCUCAAAGCCCUGCUGUGCCCCACCGAAAUGUGUCGCACUAUGCCCUUCGACGCCAUCUUGCUGCAAGGCUCCUAUGUUCGGCCAACCCCUCAUAAGAAUUAUCAGACAUGGCGGACAAUACACCAUAUGCACUAAACCUUCUAAUAUGUCCAACGCACCAUCAGGACCAUAUCCUCUUAAAUAUGUCCUGAACACUGAUGAUAACGAUCCACCCCCUAAGACCACGAAAUACAGCGUAGAAGCUAAAUUUAAUGAUUAUCAUUUUGAUUACACAAGCUCUCAGUCAUCAUUCAUUCUGGACUUCUCGCCACCAGAACAAAGGUGCUACAAGCCGUGCCCUAAGAAGGGCAUGAUAUGCAUGCGCUGUGAAGUAGACACCAAAUGGCCAGCAAUUUGUAAAUGACCUAUGUAACAACAUAGCAGCAAUAAACAAGUGACAUAUCUCUCAAAUAAAAUAGUUUAUCCCA